GAAGCGUUUACUGUGGAUCCAAAGAGACUGAUGACAUGGUGCUAAGUCUGCCGAAUUCCAGCUGAGCUCUGGAAUGGCCAAUCAAGAAGUCCAGCUAGACAACGAUUCAAUGAUAGAAGGAAUAAGCGACCAGGUGCUGCUGGCGGUUGUGCUCGGCUUCACCUUCCUUGUUGUCCUGGCCUAUGUGCUUCUAAGAAAUGAACAUCCAGGUAUUCACCCAGAAAACCAAGAGCUAGUAAGAGCGGUUCGACAGCAGCUGCAAUCAGAACAGAAUGCAACUGAAGACAGGCAACGCUUCUAUACUGAUAUGUCCUGCCCUGUCUGUUUACAACAGGCUACGUUUCCUAUUGAGACAAACUGUGGGCACCUGUUCUGUGGUCCCUGUAUUAUUGCAUACUGGCGGUGUGGCUCAUGGCUGGGUGCGAUACAUUGCCCCAUUUGCAGGCAGACGGUAACUUUAUUUUUACCACUCUUCAAUGAGAGUCAACAGGAUGCAAUACAAGUACUUCAGGAUGUCAUUGAUUAUAACAGGAGAUUCUCAGGACAGCCAAGAUCGAUUAUGGAAAGGAUUAUGGAUUUGCCCACGUUAUUGCGUCAUGCGUUCAGAGAAAUGUUCUCGCUCGGCGGUCUCUUCUGGAUGUUCCGUAUCAGAAUAUUCCUCUGUCUGUUGGGAGCUUUGUUGUAUCUCGCGUCACCCCUGGAUUUUCUGCCCGAAGCUCUAUUUGGAAUUCUGGGAUUUCUAGACGAUUUCUUUGUGGUCUUUCUGCUGCUUAUAUAUAUCUCCAUCAUGUACCGAGAGGUUGUAACACAGAGGCUGAAUAGAUGAGAGCGACGUGUCACGACUAAUAUUCAGGAGGAUUAAGGGGAACGCUUAACUGAACGAACCACUGCUGAGUAAAGCACACGGUAAAGCA